AUGGGCCACUCAAACCUAACGGGGCCAGCUGACUUCAUUCUGUUGGGACUCACAAGGCUGCCCGAGCUGCAGCUUCCCCUGUUUGGGAUCUUUCUCUUCAUCUACAUGGUCACAGUGGUGGGCAACCUGGGCAUGAUCAUGCUGACCAAGCUGGAUCCCCAUCUUCACAUACCCAUGUAUUAUUUUAUCAGACAUCUGGCUAUCAUUGACUUUGGCAAUUCCACUGUAAUUUGCCCCAAGAUGCUGGUUAACUUCAUUGUGGAUCAAAAUACCAUUUCCUAUUAUGCAUGUGCCACCCAGAUGGCUUUCUUCAUCAUGUGUAUUGUCAGUGAACUGUCAAUCUUGUCAGCCAUGGCCUACGACCGCUACGUGGCAAUCUGCCACCCUCUGCUCUACAACAUCAUCAUGUCCCAGAGACUUUGCCAUGUGCUUGUGGGCAUUUUGUACCUGUACAGUAGUUUUCAGGCUGUACUGUUCCCUAUCAAGUAUUUUACAUUGACCUUCUGUGGCUCUAAUGUCAUUAGUCAUUUCUACUGUGAUGUUGUCCCCUUGUCACCUCUGAUCUGCUCACAGGCACAAGAAACAGAGCUGCUGACCAUGCUGUUUUCAGCAUUCAAUUUGAUCUCCUCCCUCCUGGUAGUUCUUCUGUCCUAUGUGCUGAUUCUCUUAGCAGUAUGUCGGAUGAAAUCUGCAGAGGGAAAACGGAAAGCCUUCUCCACCUGUGGUUCCCAUCUGAUGGUGGUGGUGGUCUUCUAUGGAACUCUUCUCUUCAUGUACGUGCAGCCCAAAUCCACUCACUCCUUGGAAACUGAUAAACUGACCUCUGUCUUUUACACAUUAGUGAUCCCCAUGCUGAACCCCUUAAUCUACAGCUUUAGGAACAAAGAGGUAAAAAAUGCCUUCCAUAGGGUUUUUAAGCAUUAA